CGUCUGGCUGGAAGAAGUUGAGCAGCAGAGAGAGCUUGGAAGGAUGCGGGGAAGAUGGCGAUGAAUGUAAAGAACAGAGAUGCUUUUUAUUCAAGUGCUGACUAUUGCAAUAUCUACAGCUCUCAGCCUGUAAACUAUGGAGAUUGCAGUCAUUAUUUCCCCCGGAUGACAGGUCCAGACCCGGUUCUGAAGCCGCCUCUUAGUUUGAUGUGUCAGCAGCAGCCACCUCAGCCCUUCCAGGCCAUGACCCCGACCCAGAACCUCAGACCUCCACCUGUGAUGAUGUCGCAGGACCCCUUGCAAUUCCCGCACUGCACUUCUCUAGCCUUAAAGCCAUCCCCUCACCUCCAGAUGCCGCCCAACCCCCCCAUCCCAGCACCUCCUGUCCUCAGUCCAAAGCCCCCAGAGGAAGAUGGUCAGGCGGUGGCCGCUGACCAGGAAGCCACUCUGGAAGAGCUUUGCAAGCCUUUGUACUGUAAGCUUUGUAACGUCACUCUCAACUCUGCCCAACAGGCUCAGGCACAUUAUCAGGGCAAAAACCACAGUAAGAAGCUGCGCAAUUUUUAUGCUGGUAGCCAGCAGCCACCUCCCAUUCGAAUACUAGAGGUAGUAGAGCCUGUUUCCCAGCAACCCUCAGCCACUCCACCCACAGAUUCUGCAAAUGUGACUUCCAACCAGCCACUUUCUAAGGGCGCUAGCAGAGUCAUACUGGCCACGGAAAACGACUACUGCAAGCUGUGUGACGCUUCCUUCAGCUCCCCCGCUGUGGCCCAGGCACACUAUCAGGGCAAAAACCACGCCAAAAGACUGCGGCUGGCUGAAGCGCAGCAGAACACCACGUCCUCAGACUUGUCCGACUCUCAGAGACGGCCCCGGAAAGAAGGGUACGAGUACAGAUUAAUGAAGAACCGCAGGGCUCAUAUCAACACUGCCAUGCCAGGCCCUUACUACAACCCACGGCCGAGGCAGCGAAUCCCACGAGACCUUGCAAUGUGUGUCACACCCAGCGGCCAGUUCUACUGCUCAAUGUGUAACUCGGGUGCCAGCGAGGAAGCCGAGUUUCGUCUUCACCUGGAGAGCAAGCAGCACAAAAGCCGAGUGUCCGAGCAACGCUACCGUAGUGAGAUGGAGAAUCUGGGAUACACUUAAGAGGCAUCCAUCGAGUGAUUCCCAGAUCCUGAGGAAAUAAUCGUGCAAUUCUUCAAGUAGCCACUACUGUUUUAAAAUUGAAUAUGGCUUUUAUAUAUAUUGUUAUCCUAGACGCAAUUUAUGAUCUUAACUGUGCGCACACUGCAAAGAAAAAGUUUCUUUUGUGCCAGACUGAGAGGACCAUUAAUUGGUGGCAUGGAAAAUGAGAGGAAGCUUUAUUUAAUAAGUUUGAAAUGCUCAUAAGCACAGAUCUAGGAUCAACUGGUAAAUAAUUAUUAUUUCUAAUUCGCAUGACCUUAUGAGCAAGUACACAAAUACAGUAUUAGUGUAUACUGCAGUGUUGUCCUUUUAAUAUGGACUUGUGUAUACGUCUAUCGUUUGUUUUUUUUAUUAUAAUUUAUUUACUUCUAAUUACUAAAAUGACCUCUAACAUGCUUUGCAGAGGCAAUACAUGUAAAAAAAAAAACAUGUUUUUUUUUUUUCUCAGCUAAUUUUGCCUGCGAUUGAUCCUCAAUAAGGGUCAAAUCAAGCAGCAAUCAGUUUCCUAAACAAACAGAAGUGGCAAUCCUACUCACUCUGAGCCGUAGAUUCACUGUGUUUCUUUAGAGACAGCAUUACCAUGAGAAUCCACGGUGCGGGUCUCCGGCGUGCCUGCUGAAUGUACUGUGAAAGCGAUGACAAUAAAUCUACCCGUCUGGCUUUGCACACGUUUACUAGAUGUAGUGGGAGAUUUUCAGUCUGAUAGACAUCAUUUGGUUUGUUUUAGGGUGUAUAUCUGACCAUAUAUAUAACUAGCUUGCUUCAGUGUGAAAUUAUUUGGGGGAUUGUUGUUUUUUGUUCAUCUUGGAUUAUCCCCAAGGAUCCUCCCUACACUAAAGGGAGAAAUGGAAAACAUGGCUAUUUUUAAUAAGGUCUGUGCCACUACCUCACAACAACCCUCUGACUUGGUAGUUUUCAAGUUGGCCUACCAAAGCUUAUCGGAGAAAAAUAAUCAUUGAACCCCUUAGCUUUAUAUCAGUAUCAACUAAAAUCUAUUGGACAAUUGAAUUUUGCCUGUAAUAUUUACUGAGGAAAACGUGGGAGAAGUAGGAACGGAAGUAGCGAUCUUUUCUUCCUUAUUGUGACGUACAGUAUAUCCAAGUGAAACGGCUUCUCGAUUAUGAAAAAAUGUUGUCCAUUUGGAAAUUGAUUGGAUGGUUGUGGUUUGCUAUUGGUCAAGUGACCAUGUAAAUGACAGGUUGCCCCGCCCUCGCGCCACAGUAAACGCGUCAUCAGAGAAGAGAAGAGAUGUUAUUUAGAUUAAAGAUUACAGGGGAACAUGAAUUAAAAAAAUAAAUGAUGUGCACAGAUAAAUAAUUUAUAUUAAAUA